CCCAGCAACCAAAGCACACGAGCCUCGUGUCUAUGGCUUCAUUUCCAUUUCCCUUCACUCUUCGCCUUCAAUAUUCCUCAGAAAAUACUGAAACAAUUGAUGACUUGAACUGUAUUUACAAUGUGGUCAGCGUCAAAUUUGCAAGCUAUGUCUUUGAGAACUCGAAUCAUUCAACCAAACUUCUGCAAUGACGGAUGCACUAAGUUCAGACAAGAGAUCAACCACUGCCUUACUUCACAUCUCCAUAUGCAGUGUUGUGCAGUUUUAGCUGACACAACUAGGCUAGUUUCUGACAAUCUUCCUGGAAACUCUGUUUUUGAUUCAAAAGCUAGAACUUUCACACCUUUUAGAAAAGCAUCCAAUUCGUUAUUGGUGAGACGAUGCCAAGUCACGGGUGAAGAUUCAGGAGGAACUUUGAGUGGCGAAAGCAUCUUGCAAAAUGUAGAAACCCUGGCUCGAGAUUUAAAGACUGCUAUUAAAGAGGAGAACUAUGCUCAAGCAGCAAAAAUCAGGGAUAGCCUCCGGCUUCUCCAGGAGAAUAGUAAUGCAUCUGUACUAGCAGCAAAUGCUCGUUUUUACAAUGCUUUCAAGACUGGAGAUUUAGCUUCUAUGCAAGCCCUCUGGUCGAGGGGUGCGAAUACAUGCAUCGUGCACCCAGGGGUGAGUGGCAUAUCAGGCUAUGAUCUUGUAAUGGGAAGCUGGGAGUUUGUGUGGGCAGAAUAUGAUUUCCCACUUGAUAUAGAGAUCAGAGAUGUCCAGGUUCAUGUUAGAGGUGAUCUCGGGUACGUUACAUGUGUUGAAAUGGUCAAGACAAAGGGUAGCAGCUGGGGAAAACAGUUUGCUACUAAUGUGUUUGAGAAGGUUGAUGGACAAUGGUUCAUAUGUAUUCAUCAUGCCUCUUAUAUUGACCUGUAAAUUGUGAAAAAAGAGAGCUGUUUUAGGAGUGAGAAUCGUAUAUUAUCAUAGGUUUUUUAACCUAUUAUUAUCGAGUCGUAUGUCAAGCACAAUUAGAUUAAUAGCAUGUUUGGUCAAGCUGACAAAAUCAGCUUAUUAGAGAAGUACUUAUCAAAAUUGUUUUGGGGAGAGUAACAAUUUGUGUUUGACUGAAUCAUUUGAGUAGUGCUUUUGUUAGUA